ACCCCCCAUGACCUCAAUUGGCACUGAACCUGAGAUGACUGUCAAAGUAUGUGAACGUUUCUCUGCUCCUGACUCUGACAUCACUAUCAGAUCAUCUGAUCGUGUUCUCUUUCAAGUUCAUCGAAAAAAUCUUGCCAUGCAUUCUGGGAUUUUUCCGAAAUGAGCACUAGAGAUGAAAUUGUCGAUCUUUCAGAGAGCUCCGAGGUCUUGGAACUCCUCUUCCAAUAUAUGUAUCCGCAACGACAACCAAGCCUCUCCGGUCUCCAGUUCUCACUUUUGGACUCUCUUGCAAAUACGGCAGAGAAAUAUCAAGUGUAUUCUGCUCUGGAAAUAUGUAAAGUACAUAUGACGUGGGCCACACAAAAAUCCUCCAGAUCGUAUGCAUCGCUUAGGCUAAAGU